CAGCCACCCUGAGCAAUGGCGCCCAAGCGGAAGGGUGGCAACGGCCGGAAGAAGACCGUCCUCCUCCCGAUCGUCAAGGAAGACGCCCGCUAUGUGUGCUUCUCAAAGCGCAAGCGGGGGCUGUUCAGCAAGGCCAGCGCGCUGUCCCUGCUCACCGGCGCCCAGGUGGCCGCCGUCGUCUUCUCGCCCAGCGGCAAGGUCUUCUUCUUCGCCCACCCCUCCGUCGACGCCGUCGUCAACCGCUUCAUGGCGGGGGACGCCGCGUUGGUCAAGGCCGCCGCCGCCGACAACGGGUUGCAGACGCUGCAGCUGCAGCACGGCGAGAUGCGCUCCGAGCUGGCGGACCAGAAGAAGCGGAAGAAGCGCGCUGAGGAGGCCCUGGACAAGGAGCGCGCUGCUGGGGACCAGAUUGCCUCGUGGCUCCACCCCGACGCGCGCGACAUGGGGCAUGACGACAUGGCAGCCUUCGCCGCCGCGCUCUUGCAGGUCCAGGCCGCCGUCUCCGGACGCGCCAACCAGGUUCUCGUCGAGGCCUUUCGCGUCGACAUCAGCCGUAUGCUCCAGGUGCCCCCGCCGCCGCCCCCUCCGCUCCAGCUCUUCGGUGCCAGCACCUUUGAGUUCGGUAGCAGCAGCAGCAGCGCCAACGCCGGGAUGGAGAUGCCACCGCCGCCUGACUUCCCCGCAGUGAUGGGGAUGCAGCAGUUGGUUAUGGAGAUGCCACCGCAGCCAGGGUUCGAGGGAGGGAUGAAGAUGAUGCCGCUGCAGGAGUUCGUCGCCGGGAUGCAGAUGGUGCAGCAGCAGGGGCUCGGGCCGAACGCCGACUUCCCCUACUGAGGAGAAGAAAGACACCAGACAGAGUCCGAUCGAGUCGGAGUCUCAGUUACUAUAAUCCAAAUAAAUCGUGCAAGAUCCAUGUAAGAUCCAUCUACGUGGGUCCAAGAUCUAUGCAUUAGUUGUUUCAAUCAAUUAUAUUUAUGGCAUUGUAAUCUUUUUUGUAUC